AUGGGAGGGUGGAGUAAUGGCAAUUGGGAAUGGGGUAAUUGUGGUAUUUGGGAUAAUCAAAGUUCUAGUCUUGAUUUGAGGGAGGAAUGGGAUUCUUUCCGGAAUUCCAUUGUGGGUCGUGGUCCGUCUUUGUUAGGGAAAGAUGAGGUUAGUUGGAAGUUCUCGGCGGAUGGUUUCUUCUCUGUGGCAUCUUGCUAUAGACAUUUUGCUAGUAUGCGUACUCCGUGUGGGCCUUUUGAGAAGUUUAAUGAGGCUUUGUCGUUGAUAUGGAAGUUGGAGGUCCCUUUUAAAAUCAAAGCUUUUGGUUGGAGGUUUUUUGUGAAUAGGCUUCCUUUUAAGGAUUUACUUACGGUUAGAGGUAUAGCUUUGUCUCAAGAUAAUUUAAAGUGUGUUUUUUGUGGUUUCGUUCCGGAAAACCGAGAGCACUCCUUCUUGAAUUGUAAAGUGGUGGAGGUGGUGUGGAGGGAAAUUUCUUGUUGGAUUGGGAAGCCUUGGAGUGUCAUGGAAGAAGAGUGCAAAAAGAGUUUCAUGGAAUGGUAUUAUUUUUGUAAAAAGAAAAAAGUGAAAGUGGGUAAAUUAGGUGUUGUGUGGUUAGCUACUUUAUGGAUUCUUUGGAUUACUAGGAAUGGGAUAUGCUUUCGGAAUGAAGGUUGGGAUGUGAAUAAUACGUUGUGGAAGAUUAAAUCUUUGGUUUGGAAAUGGUCCUUUAUUGGAGAAAUUACUCAUCCCAUUUGUAGUUUUUACGAGUUUAACAAGGAUCCGUUGUUAUUCCUAUCGUAA